GAGUGUGGGGCUAGCGGGGCUGAAGUAGCUGCUCCAGGACGCGGACGUGCGUUCCCACUACACAGAAACACAGACUGGUUUUAAAGUAACGAUCCCAGUUUGUGUUCGUUGAAUGCAGCUGCACACGGACACAGUUAGCUCGAGCUAGCUGCUAGCCGCUCGAGCCAGCCCCAGUGUUAAGUCAGUGAUGCUAGUUAGCUCCGCUGGCUAACGUUAGCUGCUCCUGCACAGCCAGGUCUGUGUGUGUGUGUGUGUGUGUUGGAUGGCGGCGCCGCUGUGUUUAAGGCCGCGCUGUGUUUUAUUCCGCCCCCCGUGUGAGGCUCAGAGGCAGGACUCAAAGACUCAGGACUCAAACACGCACAACCUCGUGUAAACGUAGGAAAGGUGGACCCCCUCUGCGGCUGCUCUGGAACCAGCAGCCCCAGUUUGUUCCUGCAUGUGAGCCAAUGGGCUGAGAGGGCUGAGCUGGUUCCUCACUCCUGUGUCAGGGCAGAGUUCAGUGUUGACAGCUGAUUCCUCCCAUGACAGACAGCUGAUGGUUUCCCUGUCAAUCAUAUUAUUAUUGUUGUUAAUACACUGGAGUCGCAGAGCUGAGCCUUGUGGUUUCUUUCCUGUGAUAUCUGAGAGUUGCUGAUCCAAACCAAGGUGUUAACGUGGAGGAAGUGAGAUGUGUUGUUUGUGUGAGGUUGAGUUGGUUUGUCAGAACCAGCUACUGGACAGAAGGAUGCAGUUCAGGGUGGAACAUGUCACGUUCUGGAGCGGGGGGGGACGGAUCCACUUUCCCCACUUUCUUUUAACAUUGCGAAAAAUAAAAAAACACAUUCACUGAUGUCUCCGAGAAUAAUUCACGGCUCUAGAUGAAACCACCAGGACUGAUAUCUACGAGUGUGAGUUGGUGCAGAUCCAAACUGAAAUCUGGAGCUCGGGAAUUGAAAUGUGGUUUCACUUGUUGGCGGAGGGGUUGGUUCUCGUAUGUCUUUCGCCCAGAUUGUCUUUGAGUCUUUGAGUUUUCUGGAAAAAGCCUCGAGAUGAAGCUGUUCUGUGUUUUGUUUUGCUUUCUUUUUUAAAUUGCAGUGAUGUUUUCUUAUUGAGGAGACGAAGGCUUUGUGACUCAAGUGCAGUUGUGAUACUUCCUCAGCGUGUCUUACAGCUGGAGUGGGCUCUCCUCAGAGGUGUCGCUGGUUGCCAGGACAGUGCUCGGUGUUAGUCAUGUGGUUACGUGUCACCUGCUGUUUCAUCUCAAGUGUUUGCUGCCUGUUAACACACCAGGAGCGCAACUGAUUUUUUAACAAACACUGAUAUUUCACGUUCAAGAUUGAGGACAGAUGUUGAGUUGAGCCAUAAUAUUCCCACCAGGCAGCGGUGAAACCGAACCGAAGCAGACAAAGGGCAGAGGUUUAAUUUGUGCAUUUGUCUGAUGCAGAACAACAGGACAGUAUGGCCACCACUGUUGCUGUCAGUCCCAGUGAAUACCUUCAGCCCUCCACCGCCUCCACACAACUUGAGGAUCACACACAUGGACGACAGAGGGACACGAAACCUUUGCAGGUGGAAACUCACAUCUACUACACCCCAGGCAAUGACACUGACACCCAGCCCUCUCCUCUGGCCCUCCUGGCUGCAACCUGUAGUAAAAUUGGCCCUCCUGCUGCUCAGGCUCCCGUCACAUCUCCUCCAGCGCAGCCGCAGCCUCGCAGGCUCCUCCCUAUAAAGCCGGCUCCGAUCGCCCCCGCUCCGCCCAAGAACCUGGGGUUUCUCUCAACCAAGGGCAAUGUUAUCCAGCUCCCUGCCGGCCUGGGCUCCACGGCCCCUGGGAGCCCCAUCGUCCUCACUAUCCAGCAGAGCCCGGCUCGCAGCAACACUUCGGCCCCCGCCAACAUCCAGUACCAGAUGAUGCCGCAGAUUCAGGGCUCCCAGACUAUUCAGAUGAUGCCGCAGGGGGGUCAGAUCCAGCUCAUACCCGGCACCAACCAGGCCAUCAUCACCACUCCAAUGACUGUACCGGCCCCCGCGGCUGCCAUCGCUCCGGUCACGCCACAGAAGACUGUAGCCAUCAAGCCGUCUCCUAAGUUGCGGAAGUCGAACAACUCUGCUGCAAACAUGGUGCAGCUGCCCAGCGGGCUCACGCUGCCGCUCAACGUGGCCACGGGAGAGGUGGGUGGGACUCAAAUCAUCACAGAGACGGCCACUCUCACCCCUGGAAAGGGACGACGAGGGAGGAGGAAGAAAGUGGUUCUGGCUUCACAAACUCCACUGUCUCAUCCUGCACAGGCCGCCUCCCCCCCCCCGGAGCAGAUGGAGACGAUCCUGAUAGAAGCUGGCGACAACAUCAUACAGGCUGGCAACAACCUCCUGAUCGUGCAGAGUCCUGGGCAGCCGGCUAUGGUGCAGCAGGUUCAGCUCGUGCAGCCCAAACAGGAAUCUCAAAUGGUUCAGAUCCCGCAGCAGGCACUGAAGGUGGUGCAGGCCGCCUCCGCCACUCUGCCGCCCGUCCCACAGAGACAGUCGGCUCCUACGAACCUGCAGGUCACUCCCACAGAUCCAUCGCCAACACAGAUCUUCUUCAAAACAGCGUCGGGUGAUUGGCAGUCAGUUCUGCUCCAGGACUCGGUCUCCACAACAACGACCCCCACCACGUCGGUCGUCACCACCACGACUUCGCCGCCGGCCGGCACAAAAAGGACGCUGGCGGGGGGGCGGAAGGAAAGGACUCUGGCAAAAAUUGCCCCGGCGGGGGGGAUGAUGGCGCUGAACCCGUCGCAGCUCCCCUCGGCAGCGCAGGCGGUGCAGACGAUCAGCAUCAACGGGGUCCAAGUGCAGGGAGUUCCUGUCACCAUCACCAACGCAGGGGGCCAGCAGCACCUAACCAUGCAGGCCAUGCAGGGCGGAGGGCUCCAGCUGGCGGCGCAGGGCCAGGCCGCCAUCCAGGUCGACCAGACCCUCACUCUGGAGCUGCCCGGUCAGCCAGGAGAGAAGAAGCGACGCAUGGCGUGCACCUGCCCCAACUGUAAAGACGCAGACAAGAGGCCCGGGGAGGUCGGGAAGAGGAAGCACAUCUGCCACGUCCCCGGCUGUGAGAAGACGUUCAGGAAAACGUCGCUGCUCAGAGCUCACGUCCGGCUGCACACCGGCGAGAGACCCUUCGCCUGCAACUGGGUUUUCUGCGGGAAACGCUUCACGCGCAGUGACGAGCUGCAGCGGCACGCCAGGACGCACACAGGAGACAAGCGCUUUGAGUGCAACCAGUGUCAGAAACGCUUCAUGAGGAGCGAUCACCUGACGAAGCAUUACAAGACGCACAUAAACACCAAGAACCUGUGAGCGCACUGUGCACUCAGCGUGUACACAGACAAACUCAAGACUGUGUUAGUGGAGCUGCAGAGGGGACGAGACGAGGGGGGACUGAGACUUAUCCCAUAAUGGGAAAUACUCCAAAAACCAGUCCCCCAUAUCUCCUCUCAGUCCUCUAGGGCGCUGUGUAGUGUGGUGUACAAAGAAAUCCUUUCUGAUGGACUUCAAACUGACCCAGCACAUUUAAUAAUAGUAGAUUAUUUUUUGUUUGUUUUACUUUUCCCUCUGGUCCGAGCGGAGGCCAGAACCAGCGACGACUGAACGCGUGAACUGACUCGAAGAGGAGUCUCCAGACGCAGAUGCAUAACUCUGCCUGCUUAUUUAUGAACUUCCUUGGUAGAAGAAUAAUUCAGACUCCCACACCUGAGACUCACGGCUUCACCAAGAGUUUCCAUCGCUUCCGUUUGGUUUUUUUCUUCCCCACAAAUCAUUCUCCACUUUUUGUUUUUCGUGGAACAUCGGGAACUCUGACAAAUUGGCUGUUGAAGAAGCAAAAAAAAAAUUUGAAAGAAUUUGACGCAGUGUUUUAUAAAUUUACCAGAAAUAUCUUUUACCUGGAAAUUAUCUAUUUGUGUUUUAGCAGAAGUUUUUUUUUUGCUGAUUUACCCAAAAAAAGUUGGGGACCACAAGACUUUUUCAGUUUACAUUGGCUAUUUUUAAAGUGUGUAUAUGCGUAUUAUUAUACAUAAUAUUAAUAAUGAUAAUAAACUAUUUAUAUCUUUUUUUCAUACAGUUGUUACAAAUUGAUUUGGAAUAGGAUUGACAUAAAAUCGAAAAAAAAGACUAAAUGAGAAAGUUGAGAACGAGAUGUAAAAAAACAAUAAGAAAGAAAGAAAAGUUCGAGAAUCAGUCGAGAGGAAACGGUUCAGAAUGAUUUCGGACUCUGGAAGAGUUUCACCGUUCGGGGCCAGAAGUCACGGUGCCUUAAAAGUUGUCAUUAACGUUUUAAAAUCAUUUUUCAAACACACCACAAACCAAGAGAUUCUGGACUUGGAUCGGUUUGGUGAUGACCUGGUGAAGAGCAAAGUUCUGAAUGUGACAAGAAGGUGGAACGAAUUUGAAGGAUAUUAAUGUUACAGGCGGCGACUGGACCCAGACAGUAAAAGAAAACGUAGAAAUGUAGAUUGUCCUGCGAUCACCUGUGGAAAAUACCGUCUGGUUGCUGAAGUUUCCGUGGCAGCGUCGUGGAGAAAGUUUCAACUUUGAAUUUCAUGUCUUUAAAAACAAGUAUUUUAGGCUUUUGUACAGGCUUGAGUUUUAAUUGGAAAAUAGCAGAGGACCUGAUCCUUGUGAAACACCUGACGAGAGAAUUCUCAGUGUGUCCCGAUCAGCCGCAUCACAACCAGGUUGGGAUGAAACGUCUCAGAGGAAGGAUCGUAUUAAACGUGUUCACAGGGCAGAUUAAUAACCGGUGAGAGUGAAUGGAUCCAGGUUGAAGUUCUGUUUAAUAGAUUUAACACGUGUGGCCACUGUACUAACAACCUGUCGCAUAUGAAACUACAGCAUGUGUACUACCUAAAGUUCUCUACGUUCAGAGAAGCGCUGCAACGAUGUUCAACUUUCAGUGUAACGUCUUCAUCUCCUGUGGAAUCCAGGGCGACGGGGCUGCGUUGGCCCGGUUCGAGUUCUUAAAAGUCUGAGCGAUCAGGUCCAAGUGGCCUCUUGAGUCUCGUUCAGCUAAGUUCAGUGAGAUGUUACCGACACGCUCUCUUCCCUCUGACACCAAGUUGCUCCACAGCAGGUACGCGUCUGUCUCGGGCAUCGAACGUCAGUAUGUCUUGGUACCAAAUGUUCCACCGGAUUCACCAAAUAGUUAUUGAUUCAAAUAAAACUUUCAGAUCUUGUUUUAUCGAAGUUCAUCGACGGCUGCUUCCGUGAGGACGAACCAACGGGACACCCGAUUCUUUUAGUUUACCGAAAAAGUGUUUCAGUAUUUUGUAUAUUUUUAAAAAACAUGUUUAUACUCCUUUAAAAAAAAGAAAAAAAACAAAAAAAAAACAACUAAUUUGGUAGCUGAACCAAAUGAUUCCCAGUCCAACCGACUCCUCGUUUAAACACAAUUCCAGGGUAACUGCUCUUCUGCUUUAUCACAGUAUAGUUUUCAUUGGGUGAUUUGUAGCCUAUGCAUUGCUGUAAAUACGAUGGGAUUUCCAACUCUUUGCUCUAACUCGACAAUCAUGUCACAAGAUGCAAAAAAAAACAAACAACACAACAACAAAACGCUUUCUCAGGCCUCAGUUUGUAUUUGAUUUCUUUUCCAGCUAUGUGAUAGCUUUAAUUCUGACUUUUCACUCUGAUGACCAGCAUUAGGCCGACUGUACAGUAUUCACAUGUAACUUAAAUAUCAUUUGCUUUAUAGCAAACAAACUGUUGCUUAUAUCGUUUUUUGAUAUAAUGAAGAUGUUCUCUAACAGGUCCUCAGUCAGUUUGACGCUCUCGCUUUUUCCUUUUUUGUCCAACAAAUACAGCGACUUAUUUUAUAAUAAGCUUUUUGGUCAAAUGAGCUCGGUGCCGUGAGACAGCCGGCAGUUGAGUUUUCACUGUGGCGUGUUUUAAUACUGUGACAUGCGUGUGCAAUGGAAGGUGCGGCCUCGCUGAACACGAUCCAACAACCACCUUCUUCUCUGCACGCGACACAGAGAUUUGACCAAAAAGCUCAGAACAGGUCAGACAUGUUUUUAACGCACUUUGAGUUCAGUGCUUCACGGCGGCGACAGGCGGUUUAAAGCGUAGGUGGCCAAUAUUUGGUGUAUUUUUUUAAGAAUGUGUCCGAAGAAUAUGCGAUUGCCAUUGGGACGGACAGAAAGAGCCUGCUCAUAUUUAUGUUCACGUCUGAAUAUGUAAAUACAGUGUGUGUGUCUGGGAGACACGGUAAAUGUAGGAUAUUAAAAAAUACAAGUUAAGCUGCCCAGUGUUGAGGUUGGUGCGACCAGCCCUGAAGAAAACAGACUUUGUACAGCGUGCAAGGAAUAAAAUAUAAUGUGACAUCGUAUAGCUUCAUUCCUGCUUUGUAUAAGACUUCUAGAUCUUCUUUUCUAUUGAAUUUAAGAUGCCUUAGAUAGCUACACCCAGUAUUUCAUGAUGUUUUCUGUCUAAUUCCAGGUAACAACAUUUGUAAAAUUCCUUCUGUUGUUUUUAACUUAUGUUACAUGCUAAUGUCAUGUGCACUGAUCAAAAUCACAGGUUGCAAAAUUUGUCAAUUUAACCUCCGUUGUAAUUAAACGUAACGAGAUUUUUCCAAAUUGAGACGUUUCUCUCGCUUGGUUUCUAUGAGUCGAGAGCUUCUCCUUCUCCACACGUGGACACGACGUGAUGCAGCUGCGUGUUCCUCAGGAGAAACCCAGAGAACCAGAAGUUUGUUUUAUAACUUGUAUGAAGGUGCUGAAACAUGACGUCUGCUCCUUUUCUACAUCACCCCCUCAAUAAACAACUCAAACUGUU